UAAAUCAUGUGUUCAUGUCUGCAGGUUCUGAUGGAGUCGACUCAGAGUCAAACAGUAAUGGACAGAAACUGCUGAAUGGAGGAGCAGGAGGGGGUGGAGCAGACAGUCAGACAGGUGCCUCUGAUUCAUUGGGGGAUGGAAUUUCUCACCUGGAUUUUACAGGUACCGUCGCCUCGUCCAGUCACAACUUCCUGCUCAGCCUCAUGGGUGGAGGUGAUCCGUUUGGACCAGGUGUUCACAUCAACAUACCAGGUCACAUGACUCCACCCACACAGCUUGAUUCUACAGUCAUCAGUUCAGGUGUGACAGCUGCUCAGCACAGUGGCACCAGCCUGGAUUCACCUGCAGAUCUUGCUUAUCAUAUCAACAUCGAUCAAUUAGGAGUAGACCUCACCGCGCUGAGCUCAGAACCUGACCAAUCACCGUCCAGCUCAGUCUCAAGCUCCGCCUAUCCUGCAGCCCAGGGCGCAGAUGGCACAGACACUCCAGACGUUAACGGUAACAGUGGGAUAAUUUUACCUAUUGGAAACGGUCGACAGACACUGCUGACAGACACAAAUACAGCGGCUGAUCAAUUUGUUUCCUUCACUGACCUGCAGACUGAGGUCACAGGUGGAGCAGACUCAGUGACCAGUCUUCAUGUUGACCUCACAGCGUCAGGUCUGGGACUCACCCAUGAUGUCACAGAAUCAACACCUGUCAUCCUUCACACAGCUUCAGGUGGCUCCACCCACACAGACCUGGUUACAAUGGCAGCAGACUCCACAGGUACAGACUCAGGUCAUCCAGCUGUGACAGAUCACACACAGAUGGCUGGUUCAGUCACUGAACAGUACAACCCAUCUGGUCAGGGUCCUGAAGGUGCAGAAAAUGUGGAACUGGAGGAUACCUGCUGACUUCCACAUCAAGCCGCGAGUUAGAUUCCUGCGCUACAGAUUCCAGUGUACCAACCAAUCAGUAUGGCCCAGGAAAUCAAACCCCUCCCACUAGCUACUAGCCCCACCGACUGUGUUGUUUUCAAUAUUUAAGUUUUUUUUCAUAGAAGUUUAUUUUGUUUUAGAGAAUCACUGUAAGUGGAAAUUAAUAAAUAGAGUCAGCCAAACCUCCACCAACCAUGGGCAAUUCUGUUUUGAUGACAUCAUACAGUAUGUGACAUCAUUGUCACUAUCAGGAUUUUAAUUUUACAAUAAAUGUUUGGGGGGGUUUUUUUCUAUUUUGAACAUCAAACUGAGAAUUUGUCUUUUGUCCGGACUGAUCAGUUCUUAAGCAAUAACCUGAUGAGAUCAUCGUCACCAUCAUCAUCAGGUCGUUUCUGUCAUAAGAUUGUUAAAUCAUUUUUUUUAAAUGUUGUUUUUACUUCAUUUGAUGAAACAAGCUGCAUUUGAAGAGCAUUAAAUAUGAAUCUGCAUGAGAGGUGACUUCUUUAAACAGAACAGAAAGUUCUUUUUUUACCUGAAACACUUUGUGGAAACACUCGUCUCUUCUCAAAUUAUUUUCUAAUAAAUAAAUGUUCAUUCUGUGACGAAAUAUUAUU